AUGGGUGCCUCAGAGUCCAAGUUAGUAUUCAAGCAGGGUAUCUUCAGGCUUUCGGAGGAGAGAAACAUUCCGGCCAAUGACCCCUACUGGACAGGCUUCUGGGAGUUGCCCGAAUCUGUGGAGGAUGUCUUCAGCCUCUUCACCCAUGCCGACAUUCGCAGGACUCGAGACGCUGCCCUCGAGAACUUGGAGACCCUCAUCCUAGCCGUGACGUCGCGUCUGACCGUCUUGAAAAACCACCCCUCUUUCCCAGAUCCGGAAUUGGCACCACAAAGAGAUGCGUUGAAUUGCAUUCGCGUUCUCACUCGGUUGCUUCCCUAUGUGUACGAAGCAGAACAGUUAUCAGGAUGGGAGGAGAAGUUCUUUUGGGGGAUGCGACGACGGAGAACUAGAAGGGCAAAUGUUGCGGACGAGGUGUUGUUUGACGAACACCAAGACGACGAUGAAACCCCGGACAACCAAGAGCAGGAUUUCGAAGACGCAAAACCACUGGCCGAAGAACUGAUCGACACCUUGACCGACCUACUCUUCUACGCUGGGUUCACAAUCCCUGAGCUGCCACAGGCCAAGGGCAAGGUGACCUAUACGAUCUGGCAAAGCGGCAUUGGUUGCAAAACUUCUAUUCCGACGAACAAAGAACUCGAGAACAAUCGGUGUGAGGUCUUGAGGUUGUUAUUGACCUUUACCAGCAAGGCCAUGUACAUGCCAGCUGCGCUAUUGCCGAUUCAGGGUGUCAGAGCCAUCACUUAUAUGGCCACCAACCCUGAUAAACAGAUUGUCUUGUCCGUGUUGUGCUCUUUGAUGAACACUGCAAUCAAGUCCAACGUCACCUCCUGGAGACUCCCUUAUGAUCAUGUGGUCCGUCGAGACUCGAAACAGACACUUGUCAUAUACAGCCUGCAGCUCCUUCUGGUCCUCCUGCUCUAUCCAGUACCGGAGGGCGCAACUGGCUCGGCGGCUAAGAACUACUAUCGCCACUACCUCGGUCGCCUGCACAGACCGGAAGAUUUUCAAUUUCUAGCGGACGGCAUGACACAAGUCCUGAGCCAACCAAUGCAGGUCACCACCUCGUACCUACCGGGGAGCCAGAAGUCAGUCAAAUGGGCACCGGAGAUGAUCAUGCUCUUCUGGGAAGUGCUCCAAUGCAACAAAAGGUUUCGUGCCUUCAUUAUCGAGUCGAAUCGUGCUCAUGAUUUCGUCAUCCUCAUGCUUUUCUAUGCUAUCGAGCAUAAAACAGACGUUUCGAAGCAAGGCAUCGUGCGCAUGUGUGUAUUCGUGCUCCAAACAAUGAGUGUGGAACCGAGUUUCGGGAACAAUCUCAACAAGAGAUUUGAGGCGCAAGAUACUCUUCCGCCCUCGAUCCGAUUGAAUAACUUCAGGGGGAGCUAUGCCGAUUUUCUCAUCAUCUCCAUCCACACGUUGAUUACUGGCAGCAAGGGCAAACUUGAGGCAGUAUACCCGGCACUGCUUGCUAUCAUUAACAAUAUGGCCGCUUAUGCGCAGAACCUGUCCUUGGCCAGCAGCAGUCGGUUGGUACAGCUGCUUGCGUCGAUGGCCUCCCCCAGUUUCCUACUUGCCAACGAAGCCAACCACUUGCUUCUGCAUGCGCUUCUCGAGUCAAUCAACGCCAUGAUCGAGCAUCAGUACACCUCAAAUGCCAACCUUGUAUAUGCUGUUUGGCGAGCGAGAAAACGCAUAUUGGCUUUGAGGGAGCUCACUCUGGAAGGUGGUCAUGCUGAGAUCGAGCGAGCUGCUAGACGUCGUAAAGAGAAUGCCCUGACUGAUAUAACCGAUGGUCUGUCCCGGUCUUCUACGAUGGAUACUGUGACCUCGCACGCCCGACGUACUCCACCGUCGCCGAGUGCAGAGACCGGGGUAGACGGCACGUUCGCCAUUGGCGAUUCGGACGAUUCUGAUAACGAAGAACCGCCGACACCAUCCCAAUCCACUCAUUCAAUUGGGACAUCACGAAGUCCGUCUAUAGCAUCAUCGUCCGUAGCGGAUGAUAGUGUCCCCGUUCAGCUUCAAGGGAUGUCUGAGAAGGCGAGAGGUAAAAUGCCCGCUGGGGCUCCGACAUUCUCCCGACAGACCAGCACAGCCAGUCUUGCCACAAUUGCCAGUUACAACGCCGGCCGAAGAUCAUUCUCACCCACUCCGGAAUGGCUUGAGAGCUGGCUGCCUGAGCUACCCCUGCAUACGCUGCUCACUGUGAUCAAAGUACUCUCAACACACCCAUUGGCAUCGGAAAGGUCCCGCCGCAGUUCCCACGACGACAGCACGAAUUCUCCAUCACUUCCUUCGUCGCGUCGCUCAUCUCUCGCCAAUGACGACCGCACCCUGUCCGAUUUCCGCAGUCACAUUCCCUCGACGGCAAAUCAUCCUGCCAUUGCCGCCAUUCUCUCUUCUCCCAGCCCUGUUAGAGUUCAUCUGUUUGAAUGGUCUCCGCUUUCUCUCGGCUGGUACAUGUCUGUCCUCUGGUCAUUGAUCUUCACCGCCGAGAUGAACAUUGUGCCUACCUCAUCUACAACGGCGACCUUGACUGGCGCAGGAACCAUAGCUGCACCCGUGGGGGUCUGGAACGGUACCAACGUCAAGCUUUUCCAGGUGGCCACGGAAGGGAAGCGUGAAGGACCGAGUCUGUCGCAACCUAGAGGUGCUGUUGACGCUGUAGGAUCCAGACUGGUACAAGGCGUGCAAGGUCUUAACCUGGGCGGCCUGGUCAGUCGAGUUGGUGGGACAGGUGGCAGGAGUGCAAGUUCGCAAGGUGGUGACGGCAAUGGCAAUGGUGCCGGCACCGGUGUUGCGCGAGGCUCAGUUCGAGAGGUAUGA